AUGGCUGGUAUUUUUUCAUUAGGAGGAACUAGUGGAGUGAGGUGUGAGGAAGACGAUAAUCCAGACAAUAUCAAUAACCCUAUCAAUAUCAAUCCACCACCACCGGAAUUCUGGUACAAUACCAAUACCGGCAACAAACCCGAUGAUCCUGUUGGCGGAUACCGUAGUUUUGAGAUUUGGAACCAGCAGCAACAACAGCACCAGUUUUUGCCUAUGCAGCAAGAUCUUUACACUGGCGUUGCGUUAGGAGUGGGGCCAAGUAGGGUUUUAUCUUCUGAUGAUAAUAGAUCUGCGUUUGUGGUGGCUUCUGGAAGCGUUGGAGGGAUCAGCUGUCAAGAUUGUGGGAAUCAGGCGAAGAAAGAUUGUCCUCAUGCUCGCUGUAGGACAUGCUGUAAGAGUAGAGGCUUUGAUUGUCAAACUCAUGUCAAGAGUACUUGGGUUCCUGCUGCAAGAAGAAGAGAGAGACAACAGCAGCAGCAACAACAACUUGCUGCUCCCAAACCACAAUACCGAGAUAUUGUUACUGAAAACAGACAGAGAGAUCUUCACAACAACCAAAUCCCUAAUAAUUCUGCUCUAGCUUGUGCUCGUUUACCUUCAAACCCUCUCCCUACAGCAGGAUUAGUAGAGGAGGUGAAUUUUCCGGCUGUGGUGAACUCUUCGGCGGAGUUUCGGUGCGUGCGAGUUACUUCCGUUGAUGAUUCUGAGGAGGAGAUUGCAUAUUCAACUGCUGUGAACAUUAGCGGGCAUGUUUUCAGAGGAAUUUUGUAUAAUUAUGGUGCAGAUAUGAAUAACAACUACAUCUCCGCCGGAAACACCCCUCCUAGCGGUGGUGAAGCGGCGGCACUGCCGUUGAAUCUGGUAUCAUCUGUCCCUGGGGAACUUGUUGAUCCUGCUUCUAUGUAUCCAGCUCCACUUAGCACUUUCAUGCCUCCUAGUGGUACGCAAUUCUUCCCCAACCCAAGAUCUUGA